UAAACCAGAUCUCGUUUCUUCACACAAUAACAAACCUUGCAAGAGUAAAUUGUAGAACACCGAAUUUCCAACUAAAUCAGCUGACAGCUGAUUGAAAUUAACUGAUGGGGAUUCCCAAGCAGAUAAACAAUUAUUUUUUUUGUUGUAUUUUGUUUUGUUGUCUCUAUAAAUAGUUGAUUCAAUUAAUAUAUUUUCUCAGUUUGACUUUGAACAUUAUGAUAAGAUUAUUGUUUCUCACACUGAGUGCGGCAGCAAUUGCUACGAUCGCUUCUUCUUCGAACAUUGAAGUUUCAACAACUCUCGGAAACAUACGUGGUGUUAAACUAAAGUCACGAUUAGGUGAAGAAUUUAACGCUUUUCGAGGCAUCCGAUAUGCGAAAAAUCCUAUCGGUGAACUACGAUUCAAGAAUCCCCAACCAGUAGAAUCAUGGAAACCUACGAUUUUCGAUGCAACAAAAGAUGGACCUAGAUGUCCUCAGGACCAAUUUGAUUCACCUGAUAAUUCUGAAGAUUGUCUACGAUUGAAUGUUUACUCCAAGGAUUUAAAUGCAUCAAAACCUGUUAUCGUAUUCAUACAUGCUGGAGGAUUUUACGGAUCAUCUGGACGAAGUAAUACUGACGCUGGUCCUCAGCUUCUAAUGGAUCGAGAUAUAGUUUUGGUAACCAUUAACUAUCGGUUGGGUACACUUGGUUACCUUGCCACUGGAACUGCUGAAGCACCUGGAAAUGCUGGCUUCAAGGAUCAAGUGAUAGCUCUGAGAUGGGUUCGGGAUCAUAUUCGAAAUUUUGGAGGUGACCCGAACUCAGUUACUUUGUUGGGUUACAGUGCAGGAAGCAUGAGUAUUGGUUUGCAUAUGGUUUCGCCGAUGUCAAAAGGUCUGUUUCACAAAGGCAUUGCAAUGAGUGGAUCACCGGCGCUUUUAGAAAAAUAUAAAGAAGAUCAGUUGGAUCUUGCUCAGAGACAGGCAAAGUUAUUGAAUUGUUCAGUAGAUAAUAUUGAUGAAAUAGUAAAAUGUAUUAAAGAGACACCCUUUGAAGAUUUUCUAAAAACUUUUGACAAAAUGUUUGAUUUCGGAUACCAUCCAAUGUUGAACUGGCGCCCAGUAAUAGAAAAAGAUUUUGGCCAAGAAAGGUUUUUAACAGACGAUCCGGUGGCUGCAUUAGAACAGGGAAAUUUCCAAAAAAUACCACUAAUUGUUGGCAUGACGAAGGACGAAUUCGCUCGUAUCGCUUAUUAUAACUUGAAAGAUGAAAAAAUAGCUAAAAAGAUGAAUGAAAAUUGGGAAGAAAUUGCUCCAAUCAUGUUGCAUUACAGAAAUGUUACAAAUUCUAAAGAAAAUAGUAACCUUUUAAGAGAUGCUUAUCAUAUGGAUAAGGAAAUUAUUCCUGGAACUACACCUUUUGAACCUUUUGGAAAACUUUACAGUGAUGGAGUUAUUGGGUUUCCAGUUCAUAGAUUUGUACAUUUAGUUGGAAAAUAUACUCCAGUGCACUAUUAUUGUUUUUCCUACAAAGGUCGUUUUAGUGAUUUCAAAUAUCCAGGAGAUACUGCAUAUGGAGCUGUUCAUCAUGAUGAUUUGUUGUAUCUUUUACAUGUACCCCGGUUAGCACCACUUUUUUCGAAAACUGAUCCUGAAGAUAAGAUUGUUGAAAGGCUAACAAGAUUAUGGACACAGUUUGCUAAGACUGGAAAUCCCAAUAAUAAAAUGGAUGAAUAUCUCAAAAAUUUGGAAUGGAACCCAUUUACAAUUGAAGAUGAGAACUAUUUAAACAUUGGCGAUGAGUUUUCUAUGGGCAAAAAACUUUUUGAUGAAAGAUUUUCGGCUUGGGAGAAGAUUUUCAAAUUGAAAUAGUAGACGAAUAGAAGCCCAUUUUUUGAUAACAACUAAAAAAAGGAAGUUCUUGGUUUAAGUAGC